CCAAGAUGGCGGCGUGGUCGUCGUCGGGGGUGGCGGCGACAGAGGGGGCGGCGGCUGUGGCGGGAGCGGCAACGGCAGCCGUGACGGCGGCGACGGCGGCGCGGGACCUGGGCCGGGGGGAAUGAGGCGGCCGCGGCGGGCCAGCGGCGGAGCCGUGUAGCGGAGAAGCGGCUUUCCCCUUCUGCUCCCCUCGGGCACGCCGGGGGCGCGCGCGCGCGAGGCCGUCCGGAGCGGGCUCCCCACCCCUCGACUCCAGCGACCCGCACCGCACCCGCGCCGGGCCCGGAGGAUGAUGAAGCUCAAGUCGAACCAGACCCGCACCUACGACGGCGACGGCUACAAGAAGCGGGCCGCGUGCCUGUGUUUCCGCAGUGAGAGCGAGGAGGAGGUGCUGCUGGUAAGCAGUAGUCGCCACCCAGACCGAUGGAUCGUUCCUGGGGGAGGCAUGGAGCCCGAGGAGGAGCCUGGCGUGGCGGCUGUCCGCGAGGUCUGUGAGGAGGCUGGAGUGAAAGGGACGCUGGGAAGAUUAGUUGGAAUAUUCGAGAACCAGGAGCGGAAGCACAGGACGUACGUGUACGUGCUCAUUGUCACAGAAGUGCUGGAGGACUGGGAAGACUCGGUGAGCAUUGGAAGGAAAAGGGAGUGGUUUAAAAUAGAAGAGGCCAUAAAAGUGCUGCAGUAUCACAAACCCGUGCAGGCGUCGUACUUUGAAACGUUGAGGCAAGGCUACUCCGCCAACAACGGCACCCCGGUCGUGGCCACCACGUACUCGGUGGCUGCUCAGAGCUCCAUGUCGGGCAUCAGAUGACUGAAGAGGCCCGCGAGCCCGGUGCUGGGCCCUGGACUGCAGUGCGGCCCUGCCGGCUCUCCUCCCGCAGCCUCCUGCCGCUGCGCCCCCUCCUCCUAGUCCUCCUCCUCCCCCUCCUCCUCUCCGCCUCUUACUCCUCCUCCUUGGGCAGCGGCAGCGACAGCGGGCGGCCAGCCUCCCGCGGUGUUCGGUGUUCGAGAUGGGCUUUUUCUUCUUUCCCUGGAGGGGUGGGGGCUGGGCGUGUAGUCUGUAAGUACUUUUGUGCAUGAUCUGUCCCCCUUUUCACACUGCACCCCCUGAAGAGAGGCAGACAUCUUUCCCCCAGUUCUCAAGCCUCCCUGUUUGUCUCAUCCGGCCCUGGCCAGACAUUUUCUUUGAUUUUUAAGCAACUUUUUUUUUAUUAAAAGAUACCAGUGUGAGAUGAAGCUUUUUGAGGGUCUGUGCUAUGCUGUGCCGUUCAGCGGGGUACAUUUAUCUGCACAUUAUAUACCACACAUAUAAUAUGUAAAUAAAUGACUUGGGAGACUCUCGGUGUUUAACACUUCA